UCUAAAUUCUAACAUGGAGCAAAGGAAGGGUUUGAGAUUGAUACUGUUUCCAAUGCCCCUUCAAGGCCAUUUAAACCCCAUGCUAGAACUGGCCAACCUUCUUCACCACAAAGGAUUCUCCAUAACCAUCAUCCACACCCAAUUCAACUCUCUCAACCCUUCAACCUAUCCACACUUCACCUUCCACUCAAUUCCUGUUGCCUUAUCUCAAGCUGAGGCCUCCACAAGCGAUAUUUUGGCGUUUAUUUCUCUUCUCAAUGUUAAGUGUUCUGAACCCUUCAGAGAAUGCUUGGCUAGGUUGCUAUCAGAUAAUCAGGAGCCUGUUGCUUGCUUGAUCUCUGACCUUCUGUUUCACUUCACUCAACCUGUUGCUGAGAGCCUUAAGCUCCCAAGGAUUCUAUUAAGGACUUCAGCUGCCUUUUCCUUUGUUGCUUAUGCUGCAUUUCCACUUCUGCUGGAAAAGGGUUACCUCCCCAUACAAGAUUCUCAACUAGAAGAACCAGUUAUAGAGCUUCCACCUCUCAAAGUCAAAGACCUUCCGGUGCUCAAAACUAUGGAGCCAGAAAAAUACUAUGAACUAGUGUCAGGCCUGAAGAAAGAAACUGAGGCCUCAGAUGGGAUCAUUUUCAAUACUUUUGAGGACCUUGAAGGAAAUUCACUGGCCACAAUUCGCCAAGAAUUCAACAUCCCAAUUUUCCCAAUAGGCCCAUUUCACAAGUGCUUCCCUGCAGCCUCUUCUUCUUCGUCAAGUAGCAGCUUAUUAUCACAAGACCAAAGCUGCAUUCCAUGGCUAAACUCCCAAGCACCAAAAUCUGUCAUCUAUGUCAGCUUUGGAAGCAUUGCUGCAAUAAGUGAAGCCCAAUUUUUGGAGAUGGCUUGGGGGCUAGCCAACAGCAACCAACCCUUUUUGUGGGUGAUCCGACCCGGAUUAGUCCAUGGGUCGGAGUGGCUUGAACCACUGCCAAGUGGGUUCUUAGAGGCCUUGAAUGGGAGGGCCCACAUUGUGAAAUGGGCUCCACAAAAGGAGGUGCUGGCCCACCCAGCUGUUGGAGUGUUUUGGACUCACAAUGGUUGGAAUUCUACAUUGGAGAGCAUUUGUGAGGGGGUCCCUAUGAUUUGCAUGCCAUGUCUCAGUGAUCAAAUGGCGAAUGCAAGAUGUGUAAGUGAUGUUUGGAAAGUAGGGUUACAGUUGGAGCAUCGGAUGAAAAGAGGUGAGAUUGAAACAACAGUUAGGAAAAUAAUGGUGGAGAAAGAAGGGGAGGAGAUUAGAGAGAGAAUCUUCAAGCUAAUGGACAAGGCAAAUGUUUGCAUCAAACAAGGUGGCUCUUCAUACCAAUCCUUGGAGGCCUUGGUUAAGCACAUUUUGUCAUUAGAAAAAUGA